AUGGCAGAGACCAAGGUCGAGGCUCAGACCGAGAACAUGUCGACACAGUACGAAUCAGACAGCUCCUCAUCCCGAUCAAUGCCUGUGCCUAUCGCGCCUCCAGAACAGGAGAUUGAAAAGACUAUCAGCAGAACCACUCAGACGUCGAGGCGCAGUCGUCGUUCCGAUCGGACGAUUACGACAGCUCAAGAUUGGGUUGGACCAGACGAUCCAGACAACCCGCUGAACUGGCCGCUGCUAAAGAAGACGUAUCACACUCUAAUCCCGGCACUCCAGUGCUUCACCAUCACAUUCGGCUCUUCCGUCUAUUCACCUAGUAUCCCUGAAGUUUCGCGCCACUUUGGUAUCAGCUCCACAGCUGCCAUUGUCCCUUUGACCGUGUACGUUCUCGGCCUCGGGUUUGGUCCAGUCAUCAGUGCACCGCUGUCCGAGACGUACGGCCGUCGCGCAGUAUAUCUGAUAUUCUUUCCGCCGUCUCUUCUCUUCACGCUCGGGGCCGGGUUUUCCAAAACAUUCGCCACCCUCGUGGUCUGUCGGUUCCUAGCCGGACUCCUUGGAUCGGGCUGUCUUGCCGUCGGAGCUGGCACCAACUCAGACCUCUUCUCACCUCUCCACCGGGCCGUGGCCAGCGCCGUGUUCCUCCUCGCACCGUUCUUCGGUCCGGCCCUUGGCCCCGCAAUCGGCGGCUACGUCGCCAUGAAGAAAGGCUGGCGCUGGACACAAUGGCUGAUCCUGUUCUGGGGCAUCAUCGCUUACGCAGUCAGCAUCCCACAAAAGGAGACAUACAAGAAGAUCAUCCUCAAGAACCGGGCCGCGAAACUGGGUCUCGCCCCACCCCCGAAUCCACUCCCGCCUGGAAUGUCGAAAGUGCAUUUCUUGGUGGUCGUCACCAUCCUGCGACCCCUGACCAUGCUCACAACCGAGACGAUCGUAGCCGCCUUCAGCUUCUACACGGCCUUCAACUUCAGCGUGCUGUUCGGCUUCUUCGCGGCCUUCCCGAUCGUCUUCCAAUCCCCGUACCCCGAGAUCCAGAUCUACCACUUCAACACGGGCGAAUCAGGCCUGGUAUUUUUGGGCAUCGGCAUCGGCACGUUCCUGGCGACGCUGAUCUUCAUCCUCAUCGACCGCUUGGUGUAUCGCAAGAAGACGCUGAAACGACAUGCCGUGGGUGAUUUCGUGCCGCUGCCGCCCGAGGAACGGUUGUGGGCGGCCAUGCUCGGCUCGUUCUUGCUCCCUGUCGGCCUGUUCUGGUUCGCCUGGUCCGCGAGGGCCGAUGUCCACUGGAUCUCGCCGGUGUUGGCGACCAUCCCGUUCGGCACGGGCAAUCUGCUCGUCUUUUGUUCUUGUGUCUUGUAUCUCAUCGAUACGUAUGGGCCGUUGGCCGGGGCGAGUGCCGUCGCGGCGAAUGGAUUUCUGAGAUAUCUUAUCGGCGCCGUGUUUCCGCUGUUCACGGUUCAGAUGUAUCGUGGCAUGGGCGUCGGCUGGGCCACCAGCCUGCUGGCAUUCGUGACGGUUGCGCUCCUUCCGCUUCCGUGGGUGCUGUACAAGUACGGCCCGAAGAUUCGGCAGAAGAGCGCUUACACACAUUCGAAGAACUAA